CCCCCUCGCCCCCCCCUCCGCCCUGCACGAUGUCGGGCUUCCGCUUCAACUUCCAGGUCAAUGAGGCUGACGAGGAAAUGUCUGACACCGAGGUCUCCAUGAACAUGACCCACGGUGAUGGUGCCACCCCCGACGUUCCUGAGGAUCCGGCUGCUCAGCUUACACCCAACAUCACGACAGUCCUCUUUCCCGUGACCGUGAACGAUUUCGCCCCCGCCCCGGGGAUCUCCCUGUGGCGUCGCAAUGCCGUCGACUUCGAGUCUACCUUUACUGCCUCGACCAAGUCGGCCGUUUUGACGCACAACACCCAGUCGGAUCUCCUGCCCGGUGUCUAUGAGGGCGGCUUCAAGUCCUGGGAGGCGUCCACCGAUCUGACGAUCUACCUUCAGGGCCUUCUCACGGAUGGGCAGCUGACCAUCGGCCCGAGCACGCGUGUCCUCGAGCUCGGCUGCGGGAGCGCCUUGCCUGGGAUUUUCCUGCUGACUCGCGGUGCUGGGCUGGUGGACUUCCAGGACUAUAACGCCGAUGUCAUCCACCAGGUUACCCUUGCCAAUAUUGCGCUGAAUGUGGCCCGCCGGCCGGAUACCCAGGCCCCCACCGAGCCGAUCCAAUUGCCGCUGUCGGUGCUGGAAGGCUUGCCCUCGCGCUUUUUCACCGGCGACUGGGCUUCCCUGAGCUCGCUGCUGGUCGAUUCCCAGGGGGCCACCCAGGAGUAUGAUCUUCUGCUCCUGUCGGAGACCAUCUACUCACUGGCCAACUAUCAGAAGCAGAUUCAGCUCAUCUGGACUCACCUUAGCCGCGGAAACCCGAAUGCCUGCGCGCUGGUCGCCGCCAAGAACCACUACUUUGGUGUUGGCGGCAACAUGAUGGAUUUCGAGCAGGCGCUCACGGCCUUCCGCCCGGCUGCCGACGGCCCGGCUGAUGGCGGCCCGGUGUUCAAUGUUUCCACGGUGUGGAACAGCUCCGACUCCAGCGUGCCGCGUUCCAUCCUAAAGGUCUCCCUCCGGCGCUAGGGGGGGGGGGGGCCCGUUCUGUGCUUUUUAUCGCCCCUCCCCCUCUGUGUCCUUCGCUCCCCAGAUGAUUGUGCACUCUCGCGAACCGCUCGAUUCUCCCGUCGCGCGCGUGUGCUCUCUCACCUGGUCUCUGUUCGCCAGGACCCCUGGUGAACGCUGGAGGCCACGGGGAGCGCGCAUGCCCCUUCCUCGGUCACACCGCCGCCAGAUGACUCGGAAACAAUACACGCCCCUUAUAGAGAAAAAA